AUGGCUGCACUCGCUUCAAAGCAGCAGUCGCUGAAGAUCUUCGAGAAGCUGAAGACGAAGCCUGCGAACAAGAUUUGCUUCGAUUGCGGCGCCAAGUACCCUACCUGGACCUCUGUUCCAUUCGGCAUCUACCUCUGCCUCGACUGCUCGUCUAACCACCGAAACCUCGGUGUCCAUAUCUCAUUCGUCCGAUCCACCAACCUCGAUCAAUGGCAAUGGGACCAGUUACGCCUCAUGAAGGUCGGCGGAAACGAGUCGGCCACCAAGUUCUUCCAGCAAAACGGAGGCACCGCCGCUCUCAACAGCAAGGACCCCAAGACGAAGUACCAAUCCAGCGCUGCCACCAAGUACAAGGAUGAGCUUAAGAGACGAGCCGCGAGGGAUGCUCAAGAAUACCCCAAUGAAGUUGUAAUCACCGACGCCACCGAAGCCGACGCCUCUACCCCAUCCGGCGAACCUGACGACGAUUUCUUCUCUUCCUGGGACAAGCCUGCCAUCAAGAAGCCCACGCCUCCCAUCUCCCGUACUGCGACUCCCCCGACUGUCGGCCGAACCCCCUCACCCUUCCUCAACGCAAACAACGGUGCCAAGGACAUUGCUCGCUCUUCCUCUCCGCUGUCCAAGACCGACGGUGACAACAAGCCCGCCGCCAGCCGUGUGACUACAUCUGCUGCUCUCCGCAAGACAACCGCCGGCGGACCUCGCAAGGCCAACAUCCUGGGCGCCAAGAAGGCCCCCAAGUUGGGCGUCAAGAAGGUCAAUGCCGACGUUAUCGACUUCGACGAGGCCGAGAAGAAGGCAAAGGAAGAGGCCGAGCGCAUCGAGAAGCUGGGCUACGAUCCUGAGGCUGAAGAAGAGAAGAAGGCCGCGUCCAAGGUCGACAGCAUCUCUGCCCCCACCCCCACUAGCCCGAAGGGCGGCUACGGCUCUUCUAGCCAUACCCGUCAGAAGUCCAAUGCCGAAGUGGAGCGAUUGGGCAUGGGUGUCACCAGACUUGGUUUUGGUCAGGUCGGUGGGCCCAAGGGUGCAGCUGCGCCUAAGAAGGCUGCCGCUGGCGGAUUCGGCUCCGUUGGACCCAUCAAGGCCGCUUCUGAGGGUAUGACAUCCAAUUUCGAAAACAUGGGAACAUCAUCACUGACAGCCGUUGCAGAUAACGAUGAGACGUACGCGCGCAACAAGUUCGGUGCCCAGAAGGGUAUUUCUUCAGACGAAUUCUUCGGCAAGGGAUCGUUUGACCCCAACGCCCAGGCCGAGGCCAAGACGCGUCUGCAAGGGUUCGAGGGCGCUACUUCGAUCUCCUCGAACGCCUACUUUGGCCGACCCGAGGAUGAGCCUGCCGAAGAGUACGGCGAUCUGGAGGGUGCAGCCAAGGACUUCAUUCGCAGAUUCGGCAUCACGGCCGGCGACGACCUCGAGAACCUCACCCAGUUGGCAGGCGAGGCCAGCCAGAAGCUCCAGGGUGCCAUCCGUGCGUACCUCGGCAGCUGA